AUGCCAUUGGCACCCGACUCCAAGACCGCCAAGAACCCUCUGUUUGAGGAGCUGCGUCAGUCGGUCACCAGCCAGACAAUGGACUUCACAUUUGCCUGUGGUGGCCUUAUCCCAAUUCCCGACAACACUCAGAGCAGUGAGACCCUCCGGGCAAGGUCCUGCCUCCCAAUUGAUCUGCGAUGGGAUUCCGAUGAGAGCAGUCUGCUGUCGUCGGAGACCAAGCUAACCUUGCCCCUUGAGCCCACGACGGAGAAGAACCUGGGCCAGCUGAUCAAGGACAUGACGCCGGCUACCUUUGGGCGCGAUGGUCAACAUGUUUACGAUGAAAGCUAUCGGAAGGCGAGCAAGUUGGAUCCCACCCGCUUCGCUUCCACUUUCAACCCCUAUGAGUUGGGCAUUGUCGAUACCAUCGCUCAAACCCUUCUCCCGAGUCUGCGACACUCGAAACAGUCCCGCGCCGUCAAGGCGGAGCUAUACAAGAUGAAUGUCUAUUCCGGUCCGUCAGCCAAAUUUAAGACACACGUCGACACACCACGCUCGCCAUGGCAGUUCGGUUCGCUUGUAGUCUGCCUGCCACUAGAGCACCAGGGAGGAGCGCUGGAGGUCCGGCACAACGGAAAGACCGUCACGUUUGACUGGAGCAAUGCCAAAGGCGAUGGCAAACCUCCUGCCGUUGGCUGGGCAGCCUUCUACAGCGACUGCGAGCAUGAAGUGUUGGAAGUAACGGAAGGGCACCGUCUGACGUUGACUUACAACCUGUUUUGUGUCCGCGGCAAUGGCCAGCUAGGCGGGAACUGCCCGUGGUUGGAUCCCUCCAAGCUGCCGCUGUACGAAACCAUCAAAACGCUGGUCCAGGAUGCUGCUGCGUGGGAACAAGGCGGUUUCAUCGGCUUCAAUUGCAGCCACGUUUACCCCCACACCACCCAGACGACGUUGAACUUCCUCGCACCCGACAACCUCAAGGGUGCCGACAUGCUCAUGUAUGAGAUCUUCCAGUCGCUCGGCCUUGAAGUCAGCUUCCGCCCCGUUGUCAAUGAUCUUCACUUCGAGGACGGAGAGGGCGAGCCGGCGCCGCCCAUGGUUGGCGUCGAAGUGGCGCUGGAGGAAUGGCGGGGCACGACGGAGGACGAGGAAGUGAUGGUGCAGUAUUACCGUUGGGCAGGGUGCGAAAUCAAUGGUUAUUAUCGGGGUCGAUUCAGUCGACGGCCCCCUGGGGACUACGUGCCGUUCGAGGAAGUUCACUGGCUCAACGAUUUUGGGCACAUGGAGUCCCAGAUUUCGUGGACGGCGUACGGAAACGAGCCGAGCGGGACCACAACCUAUUCCUGCUGUGCCAUCGUCGCUAAGAUCCCUCCUAGCGGUAAAGCGGAGGGCAAGGCAAACGUAGCAAAGGGCGGAGAAGCCGUAGCCGAAUGA